GAAGUAGCCUUCCGCCACUGUUCCCCGGAGCGGCCCGGCGGGGCUGCUGGACGGCGGGCCCCGCUGCCGCUAUGCCGGUCACCGGCAAGACUUUCCGCCGGCGCCGAGUCGACUCGGAGUCGGAGGAAGAUGAACAGGACUCAGAGGAGGUUCGGCUGAAGCUGGAGGAGACCCGAGAGGUGCAGAACUUGAGGAAGAGGCCCAACGGCGUGAGUGCUGCCGCCCUGCUGGUGGGAGAGAAGGUGCAAGAGGAGACCACACUGGUGGAUGACCCCUUCCAGAUGAAGACCGGCGGGAUGGUGGACAUGAAGAAGCUGAAGGAAAGGGGCAAGGAGAAGAUCAGCGAGGAGGAAGACCUGCACCUGGGCACGUCAUUCUCGGCAGAGACCAACCGCAGGGACGAGGACGCCGACAUGAUGAAGUACAUCGAGACGGAGCUCAAGAAGCGGAAAGGCAUCGUGGAGCACGAGGAGCAGAAGGUGAAGGCCAAGAACGCGGAGGACUGCCUCUACGAGCUGCCCGAGAACAUCCGCGUGGCCUCGGCCAAGAGGACGGAGGAGAUGCUGUCCAACCAGAUGCUCAGUGGCAUCCCCGAGGUGGACCUGGGCAUCGACGCUAAAAUCAAGAACAUCAUCUCCACGGAGGACGCCAAGGCCCGCCUGCUGGCCGAGCAGCAGAACAAGAAAAAGGACAGUGAGACGUCCUUUGUGCCCACCAACAUGGCAGUCAACUAUGUGCAGCACAACCGCUUUUAUCACGAGGAGCUCAAUGCCCCCAUCCGGAGAAAUAAGGAGGAGCCCAAAGCCCGGCCCUUGAGAGUGGGCGACACGGAGAAGCCGGAGCCUGAGCGGUCCCCUCCUAAUCGCAAGCGUCCUGCCAACGAGAAGGCCACAGAUGACUACCACUAUGAAAAGUUCAAGAAGAUGAACAGACGGUACUGAGCUGGGUGGAAGGGGCCGCAAUGGCACCCCACCCGGAACAGGAGCCUCUUCCCAAACACAGACAGUGCUGGCUGACCUGGGGCAAGCAGGGGCAAGCCCGCAAUCUGUCAACUUUUGGAAUAAACCGAUGUUUGGUUUGCCUGUUUUAGGGACAAACUGCAUUAUUAAAUCUUGUUUGUAAAUACA